CACAAGCCGUUGCACACUCGCUGGGGACUCACGCCAUUGUGGAAAAUAGUUACUUUCACAUUAUCGAGUCGUCAUUCCGAGGCAGACUCCUUCUUUUACCGAGCACGUUUUUAACAGCAACAGAGCAAACUAUUUGACGAUGGCCACGGACUCCUGGGCUCAGGCGGUGGACGAGCAAGAAGCGGCGGCGGAGUCGAUCGGUACUCUCCAGAUAAAAGACAAACCAGAGGAGAAUGGCACAGUUGCAGGCACAGUUAUUGCAAACGCAACUGACUCGAGUAGCACGGCCCCAAAACCAGAAGAUGAAGGGGAAACUAAAACUACAGAUGAUGAUGACAAAGAUGACAGAGCAGCGCAGUCACUGUUGAAUAAGCUGAUACGGAAUAAUCUUGUCAAUACAACAAAUCAAGUGGAAGUUCUUCAGAAGGAUCCCAACUCGCCGCUUUAUUCUGUAAAGUCCUUUGAAGAAUUGCGGCUCAAACCACAGCUGCUUCAAGGAGUGUAUGCCCUGGGAUUUAAUCGGCCAUCCAAAAUUCAAGAAACUGCCUUACCCAUGAUGCUGGCUGAGCCUCCACAGAAUUUGAUUGCUCAGUCACAGUCAGGAACAGGAAAAACAGCAGCUUUUGUUUUGGCCAUGCUCAGCCAUGUUGAUCCCAACAACAGAUAUCCCCAGUGCCUCUGUGUGUCACCCACCUAUGAACUGGCACUUCAGACUGGUAAGGUGAUCGAGCAGAUGGGCAAAUAUUAUCCUGAAGUCAAACUAGUCUACGCCAUUAGAGGAAAUAAAUUGCAGCGGGGCAUGAAACUGCAAGAACAGAUAGUUAUUGGUACACCUGGUACCAUGCUGGAUUGGUGCGCUAAAUUCAAAUUUAUAGACCCAAAGAAGAUCAAAGUUUUUGUGCUUGAUGAGGCUGACGUCAUGAUUGCCACGCAGGGUCACCAGGAUCAGAGUAUACGAAUUCAGAGGAUGCUGCCCAAAAACUGCCAGAUGUUGCUGUUCUCAGCCACGUUUGAGGAGACAGUUUGGAACUUUGCGCAACGCAUCGUGCCUGAUCCCAACAUCAUUAAGCUGAAGAGAGAGGAGGAGACGCUGGAUACCAUCAAACAGUAUUAUGUGUUAUGUAACUGCAAGGAGGAGAAGUUCCAAGCGCUCUGUAACAUCUACGGAGCCAUCACCAUCGCUCAGGCCAUGAUCUUCUGUCAUACGAGGAAGACUGCAGGCUGGCUGGCAGGCGAGCUGUCCAGAGAAGGUCACCAGGUGGCACUGCUGAGUGGAGAGAUGCAGGUGGAGCAGAGGGCUGCUGUCAUUGAACGCUUCAGAGAUGGAAAGGAGAAAGUCCUGGUGACCACAAAUGUUUGUGCUCGAGGUAUUGAUGUAGAACAAGUGUCCGUGGUGAUUAACUUCGACCUGCCGGUUGACAAGGAUGGCAACCCCGACAACGAGACGUACCUGCACAGGAUUGGACGCACGGGCCGGUUUGGGAAACGGGGACUGGCCAUCAACAUGGUGGACAGCAAGAUGAGCAUGAACAUCCUCAACAGGAUCCAGGAGCAUUUCAAUAAGAAAAUUGAAAGACUAGACACAGACGAUCUGGAUGAAAUUGAGAAAAUUGCCGGCUAAAGAAGUCAGCGUGAUGAGGCUGGAGACGUCGGCUCCCCCCUCCCUCUUGGCUUUCAAAGGACUGUACGCUUUUACAAUGUUUUAGUCUUUUAUUUUUAGCUGUCGGAGAAGCAAAACCACACACAGCAUAUGUUUACAUGUGGACAUUUCUCCUCAGACAAGUGUUUUGUAAUUCUUUUGGAACAUACCCCAUUUCACUCUUUGUACUUCUUUUGAAUAAAGUCUAUGAGUUUUUGCUGUGUAUUGUGAUGCUGUAAAAGCAGGCAUAGCUGAGUAUUUUAACAAUGACCCCUAACAAACUCAAAACACUUUUUGGUGUUAGCAUGAUACAUAAUCAUUAUGCAGAGAGUCAGAAAAAAAAGAUGUGCCACAGUUAUGCAUUUUAAAGUGAAAGUGUAACUGAAUGUAAGUGAAUCAUGUGGACUACAGGUUUUAUUGUGCUUUGUUACAACCUCUCAAUAUCAGUACAAAGGGUGAAGUGGGGUAUGCUGCUGCGAGUGGUAGCUAAGUUGUUUUAUCAGAUGGUGAUGGCUUGGGUUCAAGGGUCUAUGCAAACUUAUCAACCUGUGAUUGCUGUUAUCAGAUACUAUUAACUUACAUUCAAAUUGACACAAUAGAAUCAUGUAAUAACCUCAUCUUUAGUGUCAGGGUUUGUAGUCAGAUGCCAUAAAAAGCCUCUGUAGAUUGAUGCCACCAUACUAAUUCAAAGCAUUAGACAUAGUUUUGUUUGUUUUUUGCCACUAAUCGGACAACUAUUCAUCUUGCUCACACACACCAUUUGUUAUUUUCAAACACCAAUAAGACCAUGAAUUUCACACCCUUGGUGACACUGCUGAACAUUAAUUUUAAGUCUUACUCUUUUGUUUUUUUUUUUAAGUCAGACUCAUAAAAUCUCGUUUCCACUCUAAAUGGGAUUUAUUUCUGUUUGUUUCGCUGUCCACACAACUUCUGAAUCAGGGUUCCCAGUUUGACAUUAGCUCAACUACAUUCUUCACCCAGACUGUGCUGUUACAAAGAUUGUGAGUUAGAAAAAUACGCAAUGCCUUCCUCAAGUGCAUUAUAUAUACGCAUAUGAUUUUCUUAUGGAUAUUCUAAGAUAACGGGCUCAAUAUUCUGACUAACACUUGAAACUUUGAUUAUAUAUUGAAUUAUUGACAUCUUUUGGAUGUGUGAAUUAUCUUUUUGAAACCAAAUGCUGAAUUGACUUGAGGACCUAUGCCAAUCAGACUCACUGUGUUGCUCCGACACAGUCACACGGAUAGGAAACAUGUACUUGUGUACAUAUUCAAAAAUGUUACGUUUAAAAGUGAGACUGAAUUGAGUUGUCACUUCUAAGAAGUGCAAAAAAAACAUUCCUCGUGAGGUUCAAUUAUUACAGGUGCAGCACUUUGAAUAUAGAGUGAGCCUAAAUCAGUUAACCUUACAUCAGUUUGGUGACUGUACAUUAUCAAAAAAAAAGAUGUAAUGCCUGACAUUUUUGAUCGAUGCACCGAGACAUCGAACCAGUGCAACAAACCUCAUCUACCUGCCAGCAGCACAGAGGAGACCGCUGGUGAUGGUCUGCUUUUAAUGGACUGUUUAUGGACCUUUUGCUGGAAAAUAAAAAAAAAAAUAACUGAACAGAUGAAGCCAAACUAAAAGGAAGUGACUGCGUGCUGAAAAUACGCACGAGUAAUGUGUGUAGACUUUGGGGGAAAAGAAACAGUGUAUGCAGUUUUAUCAGAACACUUGGAUGUAAACAUUAUAAGUGAGAGUGUGUGCACUUUGUUGACCCGUGUUAUAAUGCCACUGUGUUAGAAGUCAUGGACACAGCUGUUUUGGCUAUAGAACCCAACACUACGUCUUCACUUGCUAUAUACCUUGUUUAACAAUUCAGAGGAGCAACCAAACCCAGUUUAUAAAUGUCUACAUUGACUAAUCAAGCUUAAAGCAAGUUAUCUGUCUUUAGACAAAUCUUAGGGAUGUAGUUGUAUGGUCUUCUGUAGCUAAGCUGCGUUCAUGGACACACUUGUGUAUUAAUAAUGUUGAAUUAAAAGAACAUAUGGUCAUGUA